AUGGCUACCAUCUUUGUUGUUCUAGCUCUGGUCUAUGCAUCGGUCCCUGCUUUUGCAGUCGAAGAAGGAGAAGCGAGAAAACUGUGGGAUACAUGUCUUCUUAAGAUCACUCCCAAAUGUGCUUUGGAUAUCAUUGCUUACGUUUUCGGAAAUGGAGCCAUCUCCGAUUCUUGUUGCCACGACCUUGUUCAAGAAGGAAGAUUGUGUCACGAUACGCUUAUUCACUAUAUUUCUGAUAGACCACAUCUUCGUGCCAAUGAAAGCCAAUAUCUGAAAAAGAGUGAUCAACUUUGGACUCGUUGUGUCUCCACUUCUAAAAUUGUUUAA